ACAUCCUAACCAGCCUGUCCAAGGUUUUCUUCGAGGUCGGCCUCACCUGCGUGGCCACACUCCUUUCUUUGUCUCCGGGGCUCUUCCGCAUUGUCUCCCCCGACAUCUUUCCCACCCUUCUCGCCUCCACGCCAUUCAUCCUGCGCAUUCGCCAGUGCGUGGUACAGCGCCGCGGAACCUCCUCUGGGAAAGCCCGCUUCCUCGUCUCCCUGAACAUCCUCAAGUACUGCUCCUCCAUCCCCGGCCUGUGGCUGCCGCUUCUCCUGGCCCCUCACUACUCCACCUACCAGAUCGAGCGCGUGCUGCUGGUCGUCCUUCUCGUCAACUCCCUCUACUCCUUCCUGUGGGACGUGAUCAUGGACUGGGGCCUCGGCCACGUAAAGCUGACCGGCGCGCCCAAGAAAGGCGGCGGGGGGGCCGUGCGGCUACGACACUGGGG